AUGCCACGACCCGGAAAAGAUUCGUAUGAUGAGCAAAAGCCGCCGUACUCAUACAUAUGGCUCACCUAUAUGGCUAUACAAGAUUCUGAUGAGAAGAUGUUGCCGUUGACGGAAAUUUAUAAAUAUAUAAUGGAUCGGUUUCCGUUUUAUAGGAAGAACACGCAGAGAUGGCAAAACUCCCUCCGUCAUAACUUGUCAUUCAACGAUUGCUUUAUUAAAAUACCGAGACGGGCCGAUCGACCUGGAAAAGGCUCCUACUGGGCGGUCCAUCCGAAUGCCUCGGGAAUGUUUGAGAAUGGAAGCUGUUUACGACGUCGAAAACGGUUCAAGGCCCGCGACCAGGACUACGACGACGACGAUUUCCAUCCAGCGCCCUCAAAAAUCAGCCGAAAGAACCCACUCCCCCCAAUGGACCCUCCAAUCACCCCACCAUCCCUUUCCUCCCUAUUCCCCACUCUUCCUCCCUCAUUCCCCAAUUUCUGUCUGUUCCCCCCGGGUCUUGAUCCAUCAAAGUCAUUACUCAUCAACCCGUUAUCCCUCCUUCUGAUGCCCCAUUUCUUGAAACAAAACAACGCGAGUAGCACUCCCCACUCCGAGUCUUCCGAUGUAUCCGGGUCAUCGAAGACACCGACUCCUGAAGCUGGCUUCAACUCAUCGUUUAGUAUUGACUCGAUUUUGAGCUCAUGA